ACUGUCGUAACAAGACCGCGGCCGCGGUUCUAGGUAAACUACGGAAGAAAAAUGCACACAGAGUGCAACGGGACGUACAUAAUCCGCCUCCAGAGUCAGGCCUGCUUUCACCCUACUGCGUAUGUUAACUUCGCUGACCUAACCACCAAAGGCGGAAAUCUCGAUAUCUCCUGUGGUGUACAAGACUCCGGAAAUUUCAUCGAGAGAGAGGCCAAAGGACGAGAAAAAAUAUAGUAUUAUGAAAGAGAGCAUAGCAAAGUGACUCUACCAAUACAAAGCCAAACUUGAUUUGACUUUUCCUUAGCGAAGGUGCGUCCCGGUGAAUUUUUAACACAAGUUGCCCACUGUUGCUGUCAGACGGACGGUCGACGGUAGCCGCUGUGGCAAGUGGCAGUGAAUUAGUAGUUUGUAGAAUAAGUAGUUUCUUAAAUGUCAUUCCAGUUACUAACGUUUCAAUUUCUCGCAACGAAAAAGUGUGUGAUUUAGAUUGUAAACAAACAAAUCGAAAGCAAAAUCAAUUGAAGUAUUUAUCCGGAAUUUUAAACCACCACCACCAUUUUUACAUACCGUGGUGAAUAUAGGGGAAAACGUCAAAACUCGACUCGUUCAUCAUAUCACGAUGAACAUAAACAAACAAGGGUUGAAACUACAGUCGGCACUUGUUAUAGAAGCAUUUUAACCGAAGUUACGAUGCCGAGAAUUUUGAAAUGGGUACCAAUCUACGUCCGAAAUCACUACCCACCUUUGAUUCAUUGAUACGAUCGGGUUUGCUGGUGCUUCUUUCGAGCUGCUGUUAUCUUCCCUACCGCACGGGAACAUUCGUGUUUGACGACAGCGUUGCGAUAGUUAAGAACAAGGAUGUUCUCAACAGUGACACGCCUCUACGGGAGCUAUUCCGGCACGACUUCUGGGGUACCAAUCUGACGGAUGCAAGCAGCCACAAAUCAUACCGGCCACUAACCGUGCUAAGCUUCCAGCAGGAGGUGAAACGGUACGGACUGGAUGCAACCCACAUGAAAACGACCAAUUGGUUGCUUCACACGAUUAUUGGACUGCUGCUGCCGAAGUGCUUCAGGGCUGUUAGUGGAAGCCGGCGAAGUCAACCGUAUGGCUUUGAAUACUGGGCUGCUGUUCUGUUCGUUGUGCAUCCUAUUCAUACAGAGGCCGUUUCCGGAAUAGUCGGACGGGCCGAGCUGUUGGCCUCGUUUUGGUUUAUUUUUGGUGUGAUAAUUUAUAGUUGUUUGUUAAAAGAUGGACACAGUUCGAUACGGAGUCAGGUAACCAUCAUUCUAGCAGUGUUUAUCUGCACCAUCAUAUCAAUACUUUGUAAAGAGACUGGUAUUACUAUAUUGGCCACCUGCGCUGCACUCGACAUUCUAAAACACCUCAAUACUCAUAGCUCUAUAAGAUCAAUUCUCAAAAACAACUUCCUCAUGGCCCGAGUCAUAACAAUGUUCCUUAUGACCUGCGUCCUCAUCUACUGCCGGCUGUGGGUUCAGAAUUUUACCGGGCCACAGUUUCGAGACAAGGACAACCAGGUUGCGAUCAGCCAAGGUCUGACCAAAAUCCUAUCACAAAACUACCUGUACAGUCUGAAUCUAUGGCUCCUGAUCUGCCCAGAUUGGCUGAGCUUCGAUUGGGCACUGGAUUCUAUUCCCUUGGUCAGUUCACUCUUCGACUACAGACUAAUGUUUGUGAUAAUAUUUUACACCUUUGUGAUAAGUAUACUCCUGCGCACGAAAGCUCGAACGCACGUCCUUCGGGGCCUAGCCCUGAUGGUCAUCCCGUUUCUUCCGGCAUGCGGCUUAAUCCGUGUUGGAUUCGUGAUAGCAGAACGCGUUCUGUAUAUUCCUUCCCUAGGAUUUUGCUUCCUGGUAGCAUUCGGAUUUAAGCACCUCUACAAUAAAGCAAAAGUACGUUGGAUUCGCAGGCUGAUCGGAUUAGGAUUCGGUUUUCUUUGCCUGCUGUUUGUUCUCAGAACCAUACAACGCUCCGCGCACUGGACCACGGAACACCUUCUAUUUCGAUCGGCACUACGAAUAGUUCCAAACAACGCAAAAGUACACUACAACAUUGCACGAUUAGCGACGGAUCACGGAGAUCGGGAAACGGCUUUUGCCUUUUACAAACAAGCAAUUAAACUAUACCCGGAGUACGAAGCAGCGCAUAUGAAUUUGGGAAACUUGUACCGAGAUAUUCAGGAUUAUGACCGAGCGCUGGUGCAUCUGAAAAAAGCUAUUGAAUUCCACGAAGACUUCCACACAGCGUGGAUGAACCUAGGAAUCGUGCAUGCAGCAAUGAAGAAUUACGAUGCGGCUUUGGCUUGCUACCAGCGUGCAAUGCUCAAGCAGAAGCAUUAUCCCAACUGCAUGUUCAACCUGGGAAAUUUGUACAACGACAUGGGCAAACAAAGACUUGCUUUAGCUACCUGGAAUGAAACCGUUCAUCAGGACCCACAUCACAUUAAGGCAUGGAACAAUAUGGUCAAUGUGUACGACAAUGCCAACAUGCAGCAGCAAGUUCUCGCCGUCACCGACCGAGCCCUUAAGCAUCUACCGGGAAACCCGACUCUGCUAGCAUCAAAAGCAACAGCUCUAGCAAAAAUGGGACAAUUCCACCAGGCAGAACGAAUCUACGCCGAUCUCAUAGCAGCUAACCCGCAGGUGGAAAAAUACCACCAAAAUAUGGGAGUGCUGUACCACCGAUGGGGCAAGCUAGACCAGGCCGAACAUCUCUACAGGGAGGCACUCAAACUGAACCCACGUUCCGAGAUGGCCAAAACUAACCUCGCCAAACUGCUAGCCACGAGCGCCAAACGACGGGGCAAAUUUUAAACUCUUCCAAUAAACAGCAACAGUUUUUAAUCUUUAAAA